UGUGUGUGUGGUCGAGACGUCACUAUCUCGCGAGAUGAAGUAUGUGACGUCGGGAUUAGCUGUCCGGCAGGAGCCAAGGAGCUGGAUAAUAACGGCGUUGCGGGACGUUUAAGCAGCGAUCCGGGACUGCGGGCUGUGUUAAGAAAAUCGAGACUAUUUCGGGAAGAGCGUGUUGGGCGGUAUGGGUGAUCCAAAUGCCACUACUGGGUGACACAAAGGGUGACAGAUGCCAUGGCACUUCUAUUAUCACUGGCACUGAGAAAACCAACAAAGAACAGGAUGUGGGAGCAAAGUAGGGCAGGUAGCCCAUAAAAUUUACGCAUCUGGUUUGUCAUCCAUGGCUAGCUCAAGAGGUCACCUGAUAUGCUGACAUCAUGGGAAGCUGCUGCAGUUGUCGAGAUGGUCUCCCAGACGAUCAUCCCACAAAAUUUAAGGUCACCAACGUGGAUGAUGAGGGAACAGAGUUGGGCUCAGGGGUCAUGGAACUAACACAAACUGAACUGGUCCUUCACACCCGAAAGCGUGAUGCUGUGAGAUGGCCAUACCUCUGUUUACGGCGUUAUGGCUAUGACUCUAACCUCUUUUCCUUCGAAAGUGGGCGAAGGUGUCAGACUGGUCAAGGGAUCUUUGCAUUCAAGUGCUCAAGGGCAGAAGAAAUCUUCAACUUGCUUCAGGAGCUUAUGCAGCGGAACAGCAUCAGUGUUGUGGAAGAACCUGUAAUGAUUACCAGAACUGGUCACCCUGGGGAGAUGGAUCUAGUGCGUACCCCGCAGGCCCCAGGAGGUUUGGGGUAUACAGGGUUCCCAAAUGGAUUCCAUAGUUUUCCUCAUGAUGGGCCCAACUAUCCAUCUGCUCGUCACCCUUCAGUGGGAACUAUGAGACAUCCUUCCGUUGGGGAGGAAGCAGGUCAUGGUUUGAUUGCACCAGAGGAUCAGUCUCACACAUAUGUGAAUACAGCCAGUGGAGGGGAAGAAGAAUUGGGAGGCCGACAUUGUAUGCAUUCCUUGCCUGAGGCACAUGCACCAUACCACGACCCACCAAGACACAGGCUAGGUCCAAGCUGUUCCAUGGAAGAAAGGAACCCCCAGGUGUAUCUUCAACCAGGAGAAGUAAAGUUUGUUCUGGGACCAGCUCCUGCCUAUAGGCGAAUGCCAAUGAGGGGAGACAGCUUCUGCCAACAUCACAGGGAUUGCCAGGGCCAUAUUUGCAGUGUUGAGAGAGAACCUUUGCCACUUCACAACAAUAAUAAUGAGUGCAAAGAUCAGUGGAGCACACACAAGUGUGCCUAUGAGAACAUCAAUGGCUUAGUACCACCAGGAAGUAUAGCUCUACGAAGGGGGGGCACCAGUAGGGGCCUGAAACUGUCAGCUGAUGGUAUACCCUUUAGCAGCUGCUCUCAUCGGAGGACAGCAAUGCUACAUUAUGAGAAUCUGCCACCACUUCCUCCUGUGUGGGAGUGCCAGUCUCUGCACCAAGAUGAAGAGGAGGAGGAUGAUGAAGAGGAGGACUCAGCCGAUGCUAUGACACCUUCACUCAAUGGCUACCAUGAUGAUCCUGUGCAAAACUACAUGAAUGCUGAGAGUGCAUCAGCAUGUGGAGGGUACCACCACCAUCACCGACUAGAUUGCCAACCACGACGAAGCUGCCCAUCGAAUGUGUUCAACUUUGACUUCCGAAGACCACAUACUGAGCAGAGACAACUUAACUACAUUCAGGUGGAACUAGAAGGGAAGAAUGAAGGGAAAGCACGUCCGAUUCCACAGAUCACCUGCACCCCAGCUCCGAAUCACCCAGUCCGCUGUGCUGACUCUUAUGCUGUUAUCGACCUAAAAAAGACGGCAGCCAUGUCUAGCCUGCAGAGAGCACUGCCACGGGACGAUGGCACGUCUAGAAAGACCAGGCACAACAGCACAGACUUGCCCCUGUAACAGCUCUGUAUCCAUUGCUCUCUUUGCCUUUUUCUUUUCAAAAGCCAUCUGUGCUGCUCUGUUUGGCUUUUCUCUCUUCUUGUGUGAGUACAUCCUGGUCUUUUCUACCCCACCACUUCCUUGUAUAAAAUGUUCCUCCCAAGAGAGAUAUUUCUGUUUUUAAGAAUGUGUGAAAUUUAGCAUCUUGGGCAGUGAUGUUUGGAUGAUGUUUUAGUAAAAGCACUCCUUGCUCCAGCUGUGCUGCAAGGACCAGGAAGAUACUGAAGGUGAUGACUGUGACUUCACCCAGCUGGAAAUGCUCUUUAUGGGUCAAAUCUCAGUGUUUGGUUUUUUUAUGUAUUUAUUUUUUUACUGUUGCUUUUGUAGACUUGAGACAUUUUCUCAUUUGCUGAUUUAAUUUAUUGAUUUAACUUAUUUUUCUAUUUAUUUUUGUAAACAUUCCAUGCCGUAUUGUGCCGUUGGAAUAACACUGCCUAGUCUCACAAUGCCUGAAGGUCAUUAUUCUUGACUGAUGUGCAUUACUGGUUAGAUCCUUGUACCUCUUUUGAUGUCAUUUGGAUAUUGGCAUGUUACAAACAAGUGAACUGUAUAUACCCAGUUAUUGCAUUUUGCAGUUAUGUAUAGGUGCUAAAAUAAGAAAAAGAUGGACCUUAAAAGAUUUUAUAUAUAUAUAUAUAUAUAUAUAUAUAUAUAUAUAUAUAUAUAUAUAUAUAUAUAUAUAUAUAUAUAUAUAUAUAUAUAAUUUAAAAUAUAUAUGUACACAACAGAAACAGAAAAAAAAAACAAUGUAAGAUGUGAAGGACUUAAUACAGAUUAUAAAGAAGCCCCAUAUUUUCUGUACUUAUUACUUGAAUUAAAAGUGCCAAAUAUUUCUACCUGUGCCAUGUAAAAAUUUAAUUUUGUGUAAUUGUACUUUGAUUCCUUUAUACUUUGUGUAUGUUUACAGUGUUUUAUUAAAAUUUAUGUAACAUGCACACAUGAAUUGCUGCAAGGUCCAUCUACAAUGGUACAGCUCUGCUUUCUAAUCUUUACAAGUCUGUGCUGCGUCUUUUGCCUUGUUCUAUAUAUAAGGUAAGUGCUUCAGCUUCGUGGACAUGUCCAGAAGCUAAUACAGCACUACACAAAAUUUAACAAUUUUGGUGGUAUAUAAGAAAUCUAUUGAGUGUCAUGUCAAAUGAAUCGAAGUUAUGGAAAAAAUUGCAGUUACUGCUUUUGUGACUCAUUGGCUUGUGAAACUUUGUUUUUGUCCACUUUUGGAUAUGCAUGCAUAUUUGGCAUUUACAAGUUGAAAACACUGUAUGUAUUAGAAGGUUGUGUUUAUUUUUAAUGUGAACCAGAGCCAUAAAAGGAAGUGGGUAAGAUGCAGUUUGUUUCUAUAGGUACAAGCUUGAGCUGGCCUGUUCCAGUGGGGACCUUAGCAAGUAGCACUCGCUCUGGGCUUCUGACAGCACUGUAUCAUCUACUUCUAUGACAAAUUAACCUAAUUUUCUGCUUGAUGAUUUCUGAUUACCCCAACAGCUAUCCAGAGCAUAUUGAGCAUGUGGGUGCCACUAAAAAGAUAAGCUAACAAGAUCCAAGGUGGCUACCUCUUGAGGACAACUUUAAAGGCAUGGAUUACUGUUACAGGCCUACUAAACCCUUCUGAAAAUACAUCAUGUCCCAUGGUCUUACAGAAAUAAAGUAUAGUUGGUUAACACUGACGUAUUGGUGAUUUUGUCACCCUGAAGGAGUUUAUACUUUAGUAAAUCAUUGUUCUGCCUUUAUUCUUGAAACAGGAAGCUAAAGCAGCAAGAGCAUUAAUACUUGUCCAAGACACUCCGAUAAAACAAUGUGUUUUUCCUUUCCAGACUAUAACCCUUUGAGUGCCUGCUGUAGUGGCAGUGACUGGCACCACAAAUACCAUGGUGGCAACAAAGAAUUAUUUCUGAAUCCCACCACAAUCUCACUGGCAGACAUUGUCUUGUUAUUAAUUCAACUAGUAUCAAAAUGUGCAGAGAGUUCCCAAUUCUGCUUUUUAGCCCAAAGUAGGUCUAUAAUGUGAUAAUAAUGUAUGUUGUGGGAAUAAGAUGAUCUAGUUUGUAUGUUAAAAAAAAAUAAAAAAAUCAAAAGGUAUUUUGAUGGGGCUUUUUGAGUUGCAUCUAUUUUGUUAUAGAUUGCCUUUAAAUAGCCUUCUUGAAAAUAUCAGGAAAAAUUGUUUGGCAGUAUGUAAUCUGUGCUUUAAAUAGAGGUUUCCCUUUUGUCUGUUGUAUAGUUCAUGCACUGCUCAGUUCAAUUUGCAUGAAUUGUACAUAUCUUAUUUUCAUUCUCCUUUACAAGAGAAACUAAGUGACUUACCUGCAUAACAGACAACAUGCCUGCAUGACGUAUAUAAAGGUCUUUUGCCAAACAAAACUUUUCUACUCCACAAUGCAUACUAUUUAUUAUAAAAGCAUUUCAAGGUACUCUGAAUGUAUACACAGGUGCACAGGCGCUAUAAUAAUAAUAAUGCUAUUUAUAUAUUGUUUUUACUUACAGAUAUUUAAGAUAUAUGUGUAAAAUGUACCUCUUAGUUUGACAAUAAUCAAGGAGAAACAAAAUUUAUGUAUUCAACUGCACAGCUUUAUUGCUUCCAGGCUCAAUGCAUCAAUCCCCAAUGGCUCCUGCUUGCCUCUUAGUACAUUGUAAAUGAAGAGGAGAGCAGAAUCGUGCAGAUUGACUGCUUAGAAAAAACUUUUAUUUCAGACUACUGCACACAAGUGAUCUGAAAUAUAUAAGUUUUUUUUCUCAGCAGUCACUGCAUGAUGAUGCUCUCCUCUUUAUUUACAAUGCAAGGAGAAAGUCAUAAUUGACAUUUUGCUCUUAAUUCAAAUUUUUUUCUAACUUUACCUAAUUCAUUUGGUCCCCUUUUAAAGGAGAAGGAAAGUCAUUUUGUCAUUUUACUGCCAAUAGAUUUGCCACAUUAGUACCAUCUAGAACAAUAUAUUUAUUUUGCAGAAACCAUUACCAUACCUGAGUAAACAGCUUUCUCUGUUUGCUUAAGACAGCAGCUGCCGCCAUAUUAAGUAGCUUUGUGCCUGCAGUCUAGCCAUUAUAGCUCUGAUCACACAUUCCUAAGGGAGGGAGGAGCAGGAGAGUGGAGAGAACUUUACAGACUCUGGCCACGGGAAUUAAGGCUGUUUCUAAGAGAGGAAGUCUGACACUGGAACAUCAUGUUUACAAAAAAAGAGACAAGAAAUCGUGUGUUUCUUUUGAUAAAGGACUCAGUGCAGUAUAACUGUAAGUGCGUAUGGCUGUAUUUACAUAGACCUUUCUGAUACAGCUUACUUAGUUUUUUCCUUCUUCUUUAGUAAGAUGUUUUAAAAAAUUGAGUUAACCUAAGUGCAGCCACGCACUGAAUUUGUAUAUGCAUUUGCUAAAAUGCUACGAUGCUACGGGGCCCAAUAACUUCCCUUAUUGAGACAGAUACAGGCAUGGCAUCCCUAUUUUCUGUAGGUAAUGUCCCUGUAAGACUGGAUCUGGAUCUUCAUUGCCUGUGCAGCUCUACUCUGAUGUCUGAAUCACCCAUGCUGCUAUAUUAGCUAAAAAGAAAGGUUUUGCUUUUUGUACUUUACUGCAUAUGCCUACAUUUUUUUUUUAAAUAGCAAAGUAAGGAUCAUUACAUUCCUGCGGAAGCUAUGUACACUCAUACAGAUUUAAGGCCUAAUUUACAAGAGUGACAAACUUUAUCCAGUUAAUUAUGCAUUUCAGGUAUUUUAUACCCUACUGCAUGGUUUACAUGGGUUUAUGUAAUCUGUGCCAUAGCAUGCAAGUGGUACUGUGCAUAAACUGUGCUUAUAACUUAAAGUUCAACAUUUGUAAACCAGUCCUAACCUAAAUGAAUCUGUCUUGUGGAAGUGAAUCUGACAUACACAUAUAGUAUGUAUGUUAGGUUAAAAGCAGACCAUCUAAAAUGUAAUUUUAAAGUUACAUGUAAAAAGCCUUUGUGGUUAUAAUACACAACACAAAUUGGAUAUAAUAAGGAAUGUGUAGUGUAAGCUUACUGAAAGACAACUUUUGGGGGAAAAGCAACAAAAAUGUAUGCAGUUUGUUACUACAAGGGUUAGAUGAGAAAUAUUUGUAUGAGACAACAUAGAUAUGCUUGACUGCCUUGCUGACAGAACAAGACAAAGAUGCAAGCACAAGAACUUAUACAUUUAUACAGCAAAUAUUGCUUGCUGGUGAUAAUGUUCCUUCUCACUGUCCAUUGUUUGCAAUCAUGCAAUAUUGUAAAUUAUUUUUCUCUUCAAAUAAAAAAAAAUGUAUCCUUUUGUUAUUAUUUUCUUGGUCAGGUACAUUGGGUUAUGGUCCCCUGGGCCUGCCUAGAAAAAUUGUGAUCUGUUGUAAUUAUCUGUGAUUGUGUGUUUUAAAUAUUGAAUAUUACCGACACAGGUGGUGAUGAGAUCUGACACUCUUCCUGUUGGAAGUACAUUUUAAAGGCUCACUGUGGAACUUUUUUCAUUCCAUUCCUGAUCAUAUUAAAUCUAUGAGAUAAUUCAUGCAGAAUACAACUGACCAGUGAUUUUGAACUAAAGAAAGCUAAUGUAUUAUUGUGUAUUUGGACUGUAUAAAGAAUAAAGAGAUGAUAAAA